UUUCGCUGGGGAGAGCGUGGUCUUCAUUCCGGUUAACUCGACUAUGGACAGAAAUCGGACGUUGCAAGACAGGGCUGUGAAUCAAAGCGCGUAUUCUGAAGGUUUGCUCGAGUUUACCUGUUUGCAUUAGCUCGGGUUGAAAUUAACCUCGCACUGAAUGUUGCAGGAAAUAGGCGCCGAUUGUGUUCACAUUUCCACUCAUUGUUUGUAGCUAAUGAAAGGGCUCUCUGGAGUCGGACUGCGGUAGUGUUUUGGCGGCUAAGCUUAAUUCGCAAUCGAAGACAACCCCUGUUGAAUUGUCGCACCAAACCCCUGAGAUAAAAGUGUGAUCGCGACGGAGACUUUUCCCAAAUUCGGGUGAAAGAACUAACCGCUAAGCUACAUAGCUCGAGUUAGCUGUAUCACUUGCGCGUCCUCGCGCCUCUGCCACGGAGCUGUGCGGAGAUCCACUUCCACGUAACGUCUGCCGUGCAGUGUUCCACUGUGCCAGCUGGGCUAGGCCACGUCCUUCUUGGACUGACAUUGGGCGGACUGGGGAAGAUGUCCAGUAUGCGGAAGGAGGACGACGGGGAAUAAAGCGUGAGAGAUGUGAGAAGUCUUGAUCGUUAAUGAUCUUCGUGUGGGGUUUGUGUUUCUGAGCGGUUGCCGCAUACGCAAGGCAUGUCACGUACACCGGGGAAAUACGCUCUUUGAGCCAUAAGGUUAAAAGCUGAAGUGACGGUUUUAAUUUCUGUUCGGACAUGAUCGGUUUCGGCGCAAACCGACGCGGGGGCCGACUCCCUUCCUUCAUCCUCAUCUUCCUUAUGGCGAUCAUCGCCAUACUGGCUUUCAACUACUGGACCGUGUCCAACAAGCACGGUCGCUUACUGGAUGAGUUGGUCGAGGUGCAGUCGCGGGUAAAGCGCACGGACGCGGCGAGGAGCCGCCUGGAGAAACGCAACUCUGAGCUCAUGGCGCAGGUGGACACGCAUAGGAAGCAGCUGGAUAAGAAGGAUGGAGACUACAGCGUCCUGGAGGGCAAGCUACAGGCCCGAGAUGCGCUCGUCAAAAAGUGCACCGACGAAAAGGUUAAGAUGCAGGGUGAUUUCUCAGCUCAAAUGACAGAAAUCCAAAGGCUGAAAGAGCAACUGAAUGAUUUGAAGCAGGAAUUUAUGAAGCAGGAAGAUCAGCUAAGAGACGUGAAAAAGAAUAGAACCACUUUGGAGAGAAAGCUGGAAUAUGAAAGUUUACAGUGUGGGCAACAGAUUGCACAGCUGAAAAUAGAGUAUGAAGAAUCAAAGAAGACGCUAGAAGAGGAAAUUGUAAAGCUAAGACAAAAUGCAAUUGACAGCCAAAAGGCCAUAGUGGCUGGAAGACACACUGAGGGAGCGCUGGGUCUGGCUCUGGCUGAAGAGCGCCAUACAGUGGCAACUCACCGACGUGACAGUCCAGAUUUAAAAGAUGUCAUGGGAAAGCCAGGCAGUGAUGCUGGCAUGCCUGGUAUUGAAGACAGUGAGGUGGGAAAACUUGAUGAAGUGCAAUUUGAAUUGAAGAAGCCAGCCAUCACUCUGAAGCGUGACGAUGCCCCUGAUGUGGUUCUGGGUGCUGGUGCUGGACCGGGCGUUGGGGCAGCUGAUGGCCCAGGGGCACAGGGCUUAUCUCUCGACCAACCCCGGCUCCAGCAGGACAGAGGGGAAGGCCAGGCAGCUGUGAUUGCCGCUCCAGGUGUCAUCAACCUAGCAGACAAACCAAUAAUAUUUGAAGAAGACAACAAGUCAGAUAUCAAAGCAGAUGAAAUGGGUGAACAGCAAAAACAACUUCGAGCCCCAGAUGUCAAAGGUGCAGGUGAACGUUUGAAGGGGAUUCCAUUGCCUGCUAACCCUGCCCAGGUACCCAACCCCAUCCAACCACACCACAAAGAACAAGUUCCAGCAGGGGCACUCCGUCAUCACCAAAGCCGGUUCUUUGACGAGAUCGAGUCCCCAGUAGAUCCGCAACAUGGCUCUAAGCUAGCGGACUACAAUGGGGACGAUGGCAAUGUGGGUGAGUAUGAAGCCGACAAGCAGGCUGAGCUGGCCUACAAUGAGGAAGAGGAUGGUGAUGGUGGGGAGGAAGACGUUCAAGAUGAUGAUGACCGAGACAUGCAGGGUGGUCGGGCUCUGGAUUAUGGAAAGCGACAUCAAGCCAUCGACAUUCUCUGAGGGUGAAAUUUGUACAGUAAAAUGUCAUCCAAAUAUCCUGACUUUCUUAUUUGGACAUCAGAAUCAUUCAGAAAUUACAUCUUGCAACCUUAGUGUCAUGGAUCACAUCCACAAACAGAUUACCGGUACUACUGAUGAAUUUGAAUUAUGUUCCCUAACAAUACAUGCCCAAACAAUAAACAGUAUAUAAUCAGUUGACGUAUGAAUUGGUAAUGGUUAGCCUCGGACAAUAUACAGUAAGUGGUCUAAAUAUUGACAACUAUUUUGCUGUAGGACUGAGUGCCGCCGUUCAUAGCGGAGUAGUCUAAAAUGGCAUAGUUUACACAGCAACUUUUUAUUUUGUUUUGUUUUUGCUGUGCUGGGAUGUUUCUCAAAAAUUUGGACUACCACAAUUUUUGGACACUCACAUGGAAGACAUUUUUGUUUUCAGUUUACAAUGGUGGAAAAGCCUUUGAAAUGCCAAGGACUUUGCUUACAGUCUAUUAAAUAAUUUUUUUGUGAACACA